GAGGACUGCGGACUGCGAAUGGUCAAUGUGAGCGCGAGCCCUUCUCGCUCAUUGGCUGGUGCGGGCUGUGCAUGAGCGCGAGGGAAAGAGUUGUAAACGCGAAGCGCGUGCUGGAAAAGCCGAGGCGUAGGGCUGAGAGCAGCGCGAGCACCGGAGAUCAGCAGGGGCAUCACUCGUCACAACAUCCAGCCUCUCAUCCGCUCGCUCUCCAUUUUGUCGUGUUGCGGCUCUUUGUGUGGCAUCAGCUUCGUGUCCCUGUUGCAAGCUACCCGAAGCUCCAAAAACAUGUGUUCCCGGGUGUGGUUUAUCACAGACCGGCGGAUCAGCCAGGAAUACCCGCAGGUCCAGAUCCUGCGAGCUCUGAAGGAGCGCUGCGCCGAGGACGAUGUUGAAUUCCGCUAUCUUCUCAUGGAUGAGAUCGUCCUGACCAUCACGGACGGACAGCUCGGUCUGCGGGUUGGGCAGGAAAACGUUACCUCAUACCCGCAAGUUGCUGUGGUGCGCGUUCCGACCCCAUGGGUCCAGUCGGACAGUGACAUCACCGUACUGCGUCACCUGGAGAAGUUGGGCUGUCGUCUGGUCAACCGCCCUCAGGCCAUCCUCAACUGUGUCAAUAAGUUCUGGACCUUCCAGGAGCUUGCUGGGCAUGGAGUGCCUCUGCCUGACACGUACUCUUACGGAGGACACGACAACUUCCGCAAGAUGAUCGAUGAAGCUGAGCCGCUGGGUUACCCUGUGGUGGUGAAGAACGCUCGUGGACACAGAGGUAAAGCUGUGUUCCUGGCCCGGGAUAAGCACCACCUCUCAGACCUAUGUCAUCUGAUUCGCCAUGACGCCCCAUAUCUGUUUCAGGAGUAUGUGAAGGAGAGCCAUGGGCGGGAUGUGCGGGUAGUUCUGGUCGGCGGGAGAGUAAUCGGGUCCAUGCUGCGCUGCUCUACCGACGGACGCAUGCAAAGCAACUGUUCACUAGGUGGGGUGGGAAUGAUGUGCCCCCUUAGCGAGCAGGGCAAGCAGCUGGCCGUGCAAGUGUGCAAUAUUUUGGGGAUGGACGUCUGCGGGAUCGAUCUGCUACAGCUAAACGAUGGUUCCUUUUUGGUGUGCGAGGCCAACGCCAAUGUAGGCUUCAUUGCGUUCGACCAAGCGUGCGGGAUGGAUGUGGCGGGCAUCGUGGCCGACUACGCCCUCUCUCUCCUGCCGAGUCGCCUCAGCAGGAAGAUGUCGCUACUCUCUGUGGUGUCCAGCACCAGCGAAACUAGCAGCGAGCCUGAGGUGUGUAUUCCCACAGAGGUGAUGAUCCCCACAGAGGUCUGUAUUCCCAACGAGAUCUGCCCACCCGGCACUACCUGUGCCAUCCCUGACGGCAUGUCCACCAUGAGCACAAGCUCCACCUCCAGCGAGAGUGAGGGGGAUCUAAACGAAACAGGCUCUAACCCUGUCAAUGCAGAUCCCGCUUACAAUAUCAACUCCCUCCUCGCGAGUGAGAUGAAACUGUUGACUGAGUGAAUUACAGCCACAAACACACACAGAUUCACAGACAUCGAAGAGCAACACAUACUGAAGUGGACAUUAAACGCAUACAGAUGCACACGUGUAAUCAUACUAACCCUCCCUGUAAACCCCUGUCUGAGGCUGCUCCCCUGAUGUUUCUUCUCCAUUGACAGACAAUAGAAUUAAACAAGUGUACGGUGCAGUUUGGAAGUGCACUAAAUAGUGUACACUCCAGCCUGGCUGUAGUGCACCAGCUGAAUAUGCGUUUGCCGCUGUAAUUUGAGGGUGCAUGCACUGUAGAGUGAUUUUAUCGGGACAUGAUUCCCCAAAUGUAACCUUUCAGCUACCAUCAAACUGGAUUCUGAUGUUCAUAGUCUGGGUUAGGGUACACACACACACACACACACAAACACACAAACUGACAUACACCUGAGGACAUAUUAAAGUCUGUAUUAUAGAGAGAGAAUGAAUGAAUUUUGUCUGUUACAAACCUUGUGGUAAAGCCUGGCUGAAGGCAUAAUGCAUUGCACGCAUGGGGCGAGAGAGAGAGGAAACUGAAUGGACCCAAAUUUCAACUGCCCACCAGGAUACAAAGGCACAUACCUCCCUGCCCUCAAAAAGCCCACACAGACAGACACAUAGAGGGACAACAAGAACAAAAACUGGAAAGCUGUGAAUAUUCUCAUCCAUCCCGACUCUUUUAAAAGCAUGAAUGAGUAUGAGUUAUUUUAGUCUGUUGCAAUGGCUGCCUGUAGUAAAUGAAUUACUGCUGAUCAGACAAGCGUAAAGGUUUUAUUUGCUUUGCCGGUGUCUGUAAAAUUGAAUGACUGGUGUGGGACCCGUUUUGAAUUACCUUCCUUAAUGUGUAAGUGAUAAUUUGGCCCAUAGGAACUUAUUUCUCACAGGCAUCUUCUGCUUGGUAAUUCUGUAAUUGAGGCGGCCAUUUUAGAAAUCUUCACUGUCCACCAUUUUGGACUGGUUAAUGUACUGUUUACAGCUCAAUAGUAUGGAAAAUGUGAAUGGGAACAUUUUUUAAAAACAUUGUUUUUCCAGUGUCUAAUUCAAAUCUGCUAAUGACCACACGUCAAUCUGCAUGUCUGCCACUCCAAAAGCAAAUCUCCCAAUAUUAGAGUCUGAACAGUGAGUUGCAUAGAAAUAGAGCAAGUAGAUUUUUAAAUACUAAUGUUUUUACCACAAGGGCUGAACGUUUUGCCAACACUAAGCGCUGACGAUGAAUAAGCUAUUUGUCUUCAACGAUUUGUUUGUACAAAAAUACUGCAAAAAUAAAACUGAAGUGUCAACUCAAAUGGGUGCUACAACUUCUCUUAAUUCAGCCCAGUGGUUUAAAAGCCAAUAACCUGAGAGAAAACCAGAAAUUGUAUUGAUUUGAGCUAAAUUUACAUUUAUUUGUUGUGCAGUGCACUUAUAUAAUGAAGUACAUUUCUCACAAGUGACUCUUUUAACGUCCCUAUUUCUCUCUGCAAAUGUGUUAAAAUCCAAAAAUCCUUACUCUGCAUAUUUGCAUAUUCAAAUUUACAUCGAGUCUUAAAUUGCAUAUAACAAACUUUAAGUGGACCAAACUCGCAAUCCAAACCAGCUCAGAGUAGUUUGCCAUGUUAAAUGUGAUAGUUUAGCUCAAUUAAAUGUGAGUUCAGACUUUAGAUGAAAUACAGUUUACAUUAAGAUGCAAUAUAGACUUGAAAUUUAGAGUUAACUCGGGGAAGCAGCCUUGAUCAAAUUCCUCUCCUUGGAAAUGCGACAUUCAUGUUAGACAGUCCUGCCUAUGUGUAUCGAUAAACAAAAGGACAAAGCGUUAUAAAAUAUUAAGAAACAGAUGCUGUGAGACCUGAUGGUUACAUGCAAUCUUGUUUGUUUUAUAUUUAGUGUUCUGUUGUCUUUUGUUUUCCUAAUUUAUAAUUUUAUUUUUUGUUGAGAAAAAGGAAAAACUGGUUUAUAUGCGAUUAAUCUUUGCUUGGGAAAGGCCGAAGAGUGGCGAAGGGUUUUAGUGUGAGUUUGACUGAACAGACGUUGACCACCUGAGACGCGCGCAUACACACACACACACACACACACACACACACUCUUCUCACCACCCCCUCUAAAAUGUUGUGAUUUGCCGUCUUGUGUGUGAUGUGUUCCAUCAUUCCAUGCAACCAGAGACUUGCACCCUCCACCUCAUCCCACACAAGAACAAGUGUCCCUGUAAACUCUGACACUUUUCUGUGUUUGCGAUAACGCACCAUAUGGUUGUUGAGCUCUUGCACACUCUGCCUCCACUUCCGGUAGAAUACAACAGGAAGUUUUCUCCCCUUAUGUUUAGUAUCAAACUUGUGUGACUCCAAAUCUAAAUACUUAAUGAAUUCGGAAUGGAGCCCCAAGUCUGAACUGAGAGCUAAAAUUGUCAUCAGAUCUGCCUCAGUAGAAAACAUUGUCUAUAUGAAUUAAUACAUAAGUAAAAGGUACCACUAUACUCCUGACUUGUGUGAGUUGGCAAUUAACUUAGCGUCACAGCUAAAUCUAAAAAACAACAGUUGCUGCUAAAGAACACUUAGCUCUAUGGAAUGGAAAAGGGAAACGUUUUGAGACUCCAUGUGUUCAUUUCAUUGCCUCUUUUUUUUUUCUUUUCUUCCUUUUUUAGUGGGAACCUAAAUGCCAAAAACCAAGCAAUGUUGUAUAAUUUAAAACAAGAAAUUAUUAGUGAUAGAACGCUAACAUUGAUGUUAUGUGUCAUUACGUAAUAAUACCAAUAAUACCAAUAAAGACAUUUAAAAAAUGUCCAGAACAUGAAA